AUGUUAUUUCGAAUUUCCCAAACCUCGUCGUCAAUUAUCCGUCCUCUUAUCCUUAAAAAUUCCUUAAAUCGUUCAAAAUUCUCAACAACUUCCUACACUAAAAGUAGUCUUAAUGUAGCACCAGCACCGCAAGGAGUUCCUCAUUACCUAACACAUGCUGAUUUAUCCGCAAAGGAAAUUUAUAAUUUAUUGGCUUCUGCGAUACAACAUAAACAUAAUGUAAAAUAUUUAAAUAAAAGUUCGGGAGCACCUCUAGCUGGUAAAACUUUAGCCGUGAUGUUUUCAAAAAGAAGUACCAGGACCAGAGUCGCAACCGAAUCUUCUGUUACAUAUCUUGGCGGACAUCCAAUGUUCUUGGGGUCACAGGAUAUUCAGUUAGGAGUCAAUGAAUCGUUAUUAGAUACAUCAAAGGUUGUAUCAAGCAUGGUAGAUGGAAUAAUGGCACGUGUUGGAUCACAUUCCGACAUCGAGACAUUAGCAAAGUAUUCAACAGUGCCAGUGAUAAACGCUCUCUCUGAUAAGUAUCAUCCAACACAAAUUCUAGCCGAUUUAAUGACUUUACACGAAACAUAUGGUCCCCAGCCAUCUUCGCCAUCGUCAUAUGUAGCACAUCAAACCCAUCCAAGCAAAACACUUCCAGGCUUACGUGUGGCAUGGAUCGGUGAUGGUAAUAACAUAUUACAUAGCAUGAUGGUUACUUUUCCUAAAUUAGGAAUAGGUUUAAACGUUGCUACACCAAAGGGGUAUGGACCUAAUGAAGAGAUCAUCAGACAUGCACAAUCGGAGGCUAAAAGUACGCAGACCCAUUUGAUGUUUAGUUCUGAUCCGAGGGAAGCUAUUAAGGAUGCUGAUGUUAUCGUCACUGAUACCUGGAUUAGUAUGGGACAAGAAGAAGAAAAGGCUCAACGUAUAAAAGAUUUUGCCGGAUUUCAAAUCACUUCUCAAUUGGCAAAAGAAGGUGGUGCAAAAUCUGAUUGGAAAUUUUUACAUUGCUUACCUAGGAAACAAGAAGAAGUUAGUGAUGAGGUAUUUUAUUCUCCAAGAUCUCUUGUAUUCCAAGAAGCUGAAAAUCGUAAAUGGACUAUACUAGCUGUUAUUGAUGCUUUAAUGGUUAAAAAGAGUUUUGAUUAA